AUGGGCUUCGGUGGUGGAUACGUACAGGAGUCAAUAGGCGGACUCGUUAUUGACCCGCAAGAUCGAGUCGAGCGCGAACUCAUCAACGCCGAGGUGCGUGCCAACAUAAACAACUAUGGUGACACAGGUCUUCUCAUUACCUACUUCAAUUCAGAUGACGGCCGGAUGGUCCUGAACAUCUCCUGCAAUAAGUCCAAAAUGGUCUUCCAACACACGAACACUCCACAACAUGUGACGUGCAAUUUGACAUACGAACUUACUGUGCCUAUUGCUCUCUCCUUCGAAAUUGACUAUCCUCCAGUGGCCCAAUUAGCUCCUGCAUUUUGGCUGUAUCUACAGCCUACCUCGCUUGGCCAAGUGACCGUCCCUCUGAACCUGACAAUAUUGGGAGUGCGCAUGGGUGUAGCCUAUCUGAGAAUUUGGGCUCGUGAAGCCAUAGAACAGAAUGGAUCCGGUCUGUAUGUGUGGCACAAUUGGAAUCGGUCUGACCCUCUGCUCGUGAAGACCUACUUAUCGACGCUGAUGAACAGGAGUGAGUUCGGUAGUAGUGGCUCCGUCAUGGGCCUCCCGGUUAGAAUUUUACGAAAGCGUGGCGUAGUGGAAGUGGUCUUUAGGGGAGUAGUUACGUUUCUGGUCAUUGGAAUUACCUUUGCAAUGGGGUGCGCGCUGGAUUCACGUCUGAUAUGGAACCAUUUGAAGAAGCCUGUGGGGCCGCUCAUUGGUUUUUGCUGUCAAUUCGGAAUCAUGCCACUGGUAAGUUUGAACGGAUCAAUUGCUCUUUCAUUCUGAUAACCGACCCCGACAGUCAAUUUAAAUUCCUCAGAACUGCAUUGGCCAUUAAAGACAGAUACCCCGCUUUCAGAAAAGCCGUUUCAGGUAUUCAGCAGGAAAGAGAUCGAUUGAGUCGGUGGGAAGAAAACUAUAGGUCGCGGUCAUGAUAUGGGCUUUCUGUAAUACGGUCAAAUUUCGCCGAGGCUGCUAAUGUUUUCACGAAAAUGGGCGGUUAUAUUGGUCCCCUUUUUCGGAAUACCUGUUUAGAAUAUUUGCUUAAUCUCCACAAAUAGGUAACCAAAUUUAUAAAUAUUGCAAGAUGAGAGUUUUAAAGGCCACGCUCGAAUUGCAUUUGUCGCUUAAAAAUUUCCAAAAUUGCAUAUACCAGAAAGCCCGUAGAAAGGGCUGAGGAUCCGUUAAGGAGAUGGAUCAAUGUUUGCGGCUCGGGCAAUUACAGUCAGUAAAAUUAGACUAUUAAUAGUGCUUCUUGUUAAUGUAGAUAGAAGUUUUUCUGCUAUUCCACAACGGCAGAUUAGACUUUAUCUAAGUGCUCAUUUCAGUUAUGCGGCUGCCAGUAAAAAUUAUGUCUCGGACAUUUAAUUUCAAGUGCUUUUUUUAAGAUAUUGCGAAAUAUUUAGUUCAUGAUAUACUCACGAAAUGUUACGAAAUUAAUAAAAAAUUGUGCAAUGUACAGCUCACUCACGCUGCACCCACAGAUUUUUUAGCAUUAAGGAAUCGAUUAUUUUUCUGGGGAGUGCUGUGUUAAGGGCAUAGCCUGUAAUAUAACAAAAACAGCACUCGCUCUCCGAAACUAAAUACUUAGGCCGUACUGUAUUCUUCGAAAGCGGCUAGCCCCAAAAACCACUUUAACGCCAUUUUUGAAUGACAGACAUUCCCUAUCCGGCAUCUGUGCUGUAUGCAUUUGCUUUUUGUGUUUCUGGUUCCAGGCAUUCGUUAGCGCUACCUCUAGCCGUAUGCGGGUAGAAUAAGACCCAAACGGGGUUGUAACGAGCCAUGCGUACUUUUGUUGGCACCUAAUUGCUAUUGUAUCUUAACUCAGUUUGGCAUGGUAUGUGCUUGCCUCGUAGUGAUCUCUGCCACAAGUAUGGCGUAUUUUAGUUUCAAAAAGCUAAUGGACCCAUUUUGACUUAUUUUAGCGUAUAUAGAAGUAGACGCGAUGACUCAAAAAAUGUCAAUCGGGAUUUUGAAAUGAUUUUUUGAUUCGAAGAACUACUUAAGUAGGGUUGUAAUACUAAUUACCGUGAGGGAUAAUCCCAAGAUAAUUCAGGUACUUCAGGAUGCCGACUUUUAAACGAACUUCCCUCCGGCCGCCUGCAAAAACAUCGGUCUAUAAGACAGGGCCGCUUAUAUAGGAGGAAUUUUUUUCCCUGAUUCUCCACACCUUUUUAACUCGAAGAUAUUUCACAGAAAACAUGCGAAAAAAUAGCCACUAUUUUACUCAUUUGGUAGAAAAUUGCGUCCUCCCUAAAUCCUACAUCUCAUAUAAGCGUAAAAUUUAGUUUAAGAGCCUUCCCAACUUCCCGAUAAUUUUCGACCCGACCUGCCGUUGCACUGAUAUCCGGGGAUUUAAAACUACAAGUUGUACGAUAUAAGAUCAAAAGCGUAUGGAGUGAUCAGGGGGAGUGAACGAUGGCGAGGAACUCCCUGUUUCAGGAACAUAACGACCGCCAAUGAAACCCCAUUCUAACAUUCGUGCCAGACAUUCAGCAUUCAGCGAUAUGCUUGUACGAGGCUGCACAUCCGAGCUUCAAACGCCGAAUUACUUGAACGUCAGGCAAUGCUCUCAUCACUAUGUUGCCAGACCCGCAUCUGUACGGGCGUGUGCAGCCCGGACUUGCGUGAUGGCAGCAAGUGUGCCAGAAAUAGCUACUCCCUUGCCUCUUUAUUUUUCAUUAAAAUCUCCGCAAUUUCGUAAUGCUGGUUGCUGCGCGCGGCGACCUCUGUAAGCAGCAGCCUCGCAAUGUCACCGUAGAUCCGAAGAGUUCAUUUUUUACCGCAAUCAAGGGUGCGAGUCCCUUCCAUGUGCCGUACCUUAUUAUGCCGCUGUUGGUGAGCUUCUGUCAUGCCUGGGAGAAAGGAGACUUUUAUAAAUUAUGCAAACGACUUUUGCUGUGGAUUGCCUUAUUAGUUUGCUUGAAGCAAUGUUUCCCUGGAAUAAAUUUGAAUAAGGCAAAGGCGACAAAGCAUGCAGUUGGACCACGUGAUAAACCUGGCACUACCAUGGUAAGGAACGAUUAGGAACGAAACCCUGUUCUCAUAUACGCCCCCUCAUUUCACUCCCACCCCUCCCCUCCCACUCCCCGGCAUGACUGAAUGCUGCCCGCACGUUGCACUCUGAAUCACGCCGGACAAGUUCUCACUGUGGUCCUAACUCUCAAACUUGGAUGACUUCUCUCUCACUCCCCUCUCCCUCGCCAUAUGCACCCGCAUACCAGACCCAUAUUUCAGGUUACCCGUCACGUUUUAUCUCUCUAAGUCGAUCGUUGCUUGAACAGUUUGCCUUAUUAUGCAACUAUGCAAUGUCCGUACGCAGCUGAAUGAGAGGUCUUGGAAUUAAUGACAUCUGUAAAUACUGCAUGAUUUGUCGCCUUCGUCUUAUUAGUUUGCCUUGACGAUAGUUCCCCCUAGGCGUAAGCAGGGGGUUCGGGUCGAUGACAGUUUUGGAACAUGUGAUUUCAACUGCUUCCCCUAAGUAUUCCUGAAAUUAUUAGUUCAGAAUAAACUAAGGAAGUGCUACGAAACUCGUAAAAAUAUGUGCAAUGCACAUCUCAUCCGCCUCGCAUCCACGGAUUUUACAGCAUUGAAGAAUCAAUUAUUUUUCUGGGGAAUGCAGAGUUAAGGGGUUGGCUUGAAAUAUAACAUAACAGCCCUCAUUCUGAAAUUCAGUCUUCAGGUUGUCCUCUAUUCUUUGAUUGCGGCAUACCCCAACACCACUUCAAUGCCAUUGAUAAAUGGUGUCAUGAGGCCUGCGAGAUCUGUGCUGGGAGAAAUACCCUUCAAUUUGCGGCCACGUGUUGAUUCAAACUAUUGUAAACUGUGUGCUUCCUGCUUAAUCCUUCAUCUUCUAACUACUGCACUGUGCUACUAUAACCAUAGAAAAUUAUGACAACAUAUUUUAUCAUAUCAGUGGGCGUAAACCUCACUGUUUAGCCUAGGGAAGCUACCACGUAGCGUGUGUAUCUUGGGGUAUUUGUGAAUCUCGUCAUAUUCUUUUCCACAGGUCUCAUUUGGGAUUGGGAUGGUCAUGCCAAUCAAACCGGAAUUAGGCUUCGGUCUCCUCACUACCGGCUGCUCUCCAGGUGGCGGCGGUUCCAACGUCUGGACCCUCCUACUACGUGGCGAUCUUAACCUCAGUAUGACGAUGACAUUCAUCAACAGCAUUGCUGCUCUAGGUAAGUCGUUUUUUCGCUUGACCCAUUUCGCCUGCAUUGAGUUCUCUUCAGGAGGAGCGUAGGAGAACAGCAUUUGCACAGCGUGAAGUGUUUUGCUAACGCAAAAUAUCAGAAGGCAUAGGCAUUUAGGCUGAUUUAAAUUUGACCUGUCUUUACUGCCAACGAUCGAAUCUGGUUAGAGGUCAUUGCCAAUAGAAGCGAAGAGACGAGUCCCAGGAAGUAGUCUUGAAGACGAAACCACGAUCGCUGAGACAAGAGCUUUAUUGGCCUAUCAAACAAUUAGCACACCAAGUGCGACGAUCCCGGAUGAAGGGGGGAGCCGUGAAUGUUUAAAGGUAUGCGGUAGUAUGACGAAUGGAGCUUAUAAAUACUGCAGUCCCUUGUGCAUGAACCAACCGCAUCUGCUGUUGUAUCUGAUGACGGGUUCGAGCACAAAUCCGAAACGCCAGGCUAAUAAAGCUCUUGUCCCAGCAAUCGGGUCUCCUUCUUCAAUGUUAGAGGUCGUGCUGUCAGUAUGCACUUGAACCACUACUGUUUGCUUAAUAAGCAUCCGCCUGUGAGUUACAAACGCUUAAAUCAGUUCGAAAAAUCCCUCCUGAUCAGAAAGUGUAAUUAUCGACCAACUAAGGGCAGUUGGAUCUUAUGAGUCUCAGUGUCGCACAAACCUUGUUUCGUCCCCAAAUCCAAUGAAACUUCGUGGUAUAAAGGAUAUCAUGCUUAAACACAGAUGGAAGUUGUAAGCAUAAUUCGUGGUGUGAAUUCCUAGUCUUCUUGUAGGUAAAGUAAUGUCCUGCCAGAUACCACUUGUCCGGGAUACAGUGACUUGUAAACUAGGACAGAUCUCCAAAUCAAAAUCAUCAUAUAGCUUAGUCAGACUGUGAGCCCGCUUUAUUAUUACAUAUAACAUGUCGAACACAACUCUGAAGAGCCUACCGAGUUGAUGGACCAAACGCUGAUGGUUUUUUACAAUUCUGCUGCCUUGUUUGCUUCUAUUCUUUAGGCUUAUGAUCUAGCACUGAUUUUAGAUGCACCUAAAAAUCCAAUAAUAUUUUAUGGAAAGCAUGCGGAAAAAUGUUCACUAUUUUGCUUAUUUGGUGAGAAAUUAAGUCUUUUUCUCAUUUUAUACUUGAAGGAGGGACAAAAUUCGGUUUACAAUGUUUUCAAUUGUGGGACAUUUAAAUAGCAUGAAAUGGCCGCGUAUAAAUCGUCAUGUCUUUGCAUUUAAGAAUUUGGCUCGUAAAGUUAACAAUAUGAAUUAAAUCCACUGCUAAAUUUUAUGAAACGUAUAUGGUCCUCUUUAUUACCGUGGAGAAAUUUGCGAUUUGCUGUACGCGGAAAAUAUACGGCUUGCAGUUUGGAAACCCUAAAUCUAAGUGCAACGGUAAAGCGGGUUCAAGACUAUUCAGGAAUUGGAAAAAUGUUUGAAAACAUAAUAAUACUCUUAUUUUGAGUAUAAGAUUGCAAAAAUAUGUAAUCUUUUACCGAAUGAACAAAAUAAUGAAUAUUCCAUGCACAUUUUCUAAGAAAUAUAAUUGCUUUUUCAAGGACAUCAAAAAUCAAUGAGAAAAUUGCAUACUACUUAAGUGGUUAUUUUUGCGGAGCGAAUUUCUUUCAUGCAUCUGGCAGGGAGUUCAUUCAAAAGCUGACAUCCUGAGGUAGCUGAAGUAUUAUGGAAGUAUGUUGCAGGUUGACUAGUUUUACCUAAUCUUUGAGAAACGAAAACACAUUUCAUGACUUAGCCCACCUACUGUUCUUCAGGCACCGCCAUCGAGGCCAUCCUACUUUGUUUCUGAUGCAGAUUGUGAUGUUGGAGUAAUAAUGUUUGAUUAAACUAGCGUCUGGUAAUCAGGUCUCCAGAGGGCGAUCUUUAGGUUUUCGAAAUGUCACCUUCAACCAACAUCUAACUCCCUAAGAAUGUAAGCUCAGAAUGAUGCGCAUUCAAUGCCUUAAUUAAUAAUGGCAGGUAUGGAAGUCGCGGUAGGCAACGGGUGCGGUUCACACGGUGGAAGUCAGUAUACCAGAAAUCCUGACCGCCUACUUGGAUAAAAUACCAGUUUCGUCGGCUGGAUUUUCAUUCGCGGAAGUUUUCUUCUGGAUGAUCCCUCAGUUUGUGGAUUUAAGGCUUCUCAGUCUAUGAGACCAUACACAGCACUCGCAAUCUGGACAUUUGCGGAGGUAAGCAGUUACAGAAGAUUCCUGGUGGAGACCGCCAGUACUGUGUAGCAGUCUAUAAAACUGCCGAGAACGAAGCAGACAGGAUAAGUGUAUUUCAGUCUUGAGAAAACGGACCAUACAAACACAACCCAUGAGCUAUGUUUCCGGACUCCUGGAAAUUCAGUAGCAGUGCCAUAGCACCUCAAGUUCAUGAAUACUGCGUAGUUCACUGCGAGCUGCAAUAUUCCUCUGCUUUUAUUCAAAUAUCGAUAGAAGACCGCCGAAUGUAGAACAUUAAUAACGCAAAGAAAUUGAGAAAUUAGCCUCGCAUAAUAAGCCAUCUGUCAUUCUGAACUUCAUAUGCGCAGCCGGGGCAUCUUUUAUUUCCUCAGAGACAUCCGGACGCAAGUUGCUCCUUUCAGGCAGAUGCUCGCAGAGAGCGAAGUCCUCCGCAAUGUCAAAUAACUUCAAUCCUGCCAUAAGUAAUAUUUGACUUUGCGGACCACUUGAAACUCAGUAAUGUUAGUUGAAUGAUCUUGGCGUAUUCACUGAGACUACUACCUCUUAAUCUGUCCCCUUUAAGGAACCCACCGACGUAGAGUGCGUGAAUUAUCUCAUUAAAUGUUGGCUGAAAUUCUGAAAUGCGUUUUCGAUUAGGAAGGAUUACUUGGUCGCGGUGGUGACAAUGAUUGUCUUAAGGCAUACUCUUAUAACAUUUUUGACUUGGCAGGAUGUCGGCUUUUCAAUGCACUUCCUUUCUAUCUCCUGUAGAAAGCGUGCUCGGUAAAAAAUGGCUACUUCAGUAGCAUGCAUUUUUACCAUUGAUUAUCGAUGGUCUUGGAAAUUUAAAUAUAUUUUAUAGAAACCACAAACAAAGAUAUGCUUUCUUUUAGUCAAUCAAUAAAGAAACAUGUCUUCUUUAUAUUUUAUACUUAAGAGAGGAGAAUAAUUAGGUUUUAAAAAAGUUUCUAAUUAUGAGACUUUUAACGACUGCGACAUGUCCAUUCACAUAGCAUCGUACCUGGCCUUUUACCACUGCUCUUCAUGAAUUGUACAACAUGGUCCGCAUCAAUUGCAAAAUUUUAUGGACCCUGUAUAAUAUCUCUUUAAUAACAUAGAACAAUAUGGGUUUUUCUUUACGCGGAACGCAUGCAACUUGUAGAGUGUAAUCACUUAGCGCUAAUGGAACGGAUGAUCAGGCUGCAAAUUAUUCGGCGAUCGAAAAACUUUUUUAAAACCUUAUUAUUCUCCUCCUUUAAGUAUAAAAUAUAAAGAAGACGUGAUUCUUUAUUGACUGACUAAAAGAAAGCAUAUUUUUGUUUGUGGUUUCUAUAAAAUAUAUUUAAAUUUCCAAGACCAUCAAAAAUCAAUGAGAAAAAAGCAUGCUACUGAAGUAGCCAUUUUUUACCGAGCACGCUUUCUACAGGAGAUAGAAAAGAAGUUCAUUUAAAAGCCGACAUCCUGCCAAGUCAAAAAUGUUAUAAGGGUAUGCCACAAGGUAAUGAGUAUUACAACCGUGACCAAGUAAUCCUUCCUAAUCGAAAACGCAUUUCAGAAUUUCAGCCAACAUUGCAUGAGAUAGGUCACGCACUGUAGUGAUUUUGAUAACGCUCAUAUCCAGAGAAGCUUUGAGCUGGUGGAUGCAAGCCCUUAUCGGUCAGAAAUAUUUCUAACUUUCCCACUCCUCUCUCUCUCUAUUCUCAUGAUUUGCUGCUCUAACCAGUCAACUUUUCCUCACAAAGGCAUGACACCGCUGAUGCUGUUUAUUUUCGGCCGCUUCUUCCUUGACGUGCAGCAGAUACGGAUUCCCUACAGGCAGAUUGCCUGUGAGUUGCUCUAUGUUGUUGUGCCCGUCGCUGUUGGCAUGCUGGUGAAGCACUACCUUCCCAAGGUGAGCACCCAAAUCCGGCGAUUUCUGCGGCCAAUGGCGCUUCUUUUCCUAGCGGUGGUGUUCGGUUUCGGUGCGUACGUGAACCUGCCCAUCUACGCCCUGAGUGGUCAGUAUCCCCUGCUUCUGCCCACAGCGGCUGCCCUACCCUGGACUGCCUUUCUGACUGCCGGCCUUUUCGCCUACCUGCUGCAGAGAGCUCGCGCCGAAAUCCUCACUAUCGCCAUUGAGACGGCCAUUCAGAAUAUCGGCAUAGCCAUCCUCGUGUUGAUCUACUCGAUGCCUCAACCGGAGGGAGACAUUGGUGCUGUGAUGCCUCUGAUCGUGUCCCUCUUUAUGCCUCUGCCCCUGCUGAUUGCGCUGAGUGUUCUCUGUAUUCGAGAGAGACGAUGUGCCUGUUGCUGUAGGCGGCCGCAGCGCUCCCCACUGUCUCAGAAGGGCGAAAAAGCUGACUGGAUUGAUGGGGGUCAGGGCGAGGAAGGCGAUGAAAGUGAAGAAAUGAUAUCUGUGCGAACGUAG